AUGUCUGCCUAAAUCUAAGUAUGUUUAGACACGUUAGCUUUUGAUUAAAUCGAAGAAAUAGUGUCAAUCAACGGAUAACCUUCAGUUUAACUAAUUGUAUAUACACCCUUUAGUUAAUAUUGUUUCAAAAGUAAAGAAUAAAAGUAUGGUAGGUUAAAAGCCAAUAAAGGAAUUCUACGACUACGUAUAACACAUGCAUAAACAUGGGUUUAUGUUGUUGAGCUUGGAUAAGGCUUAAAUUGAUUUGCUCCAAACUGUGAAGGAUAAAUAAAAAACCAUCAUUGCAAUAAAUAAAUUAAUAAGUGAACUAUUGUACAGAAGAGAUCUGAAUACAAAACAGAAAGUAAAUGAUUAUUUUAUUUAGAGACCAUCAAUUUAUUGGGAUUGAAUUCAAAGUGUGAAGUUUACUCCUAAAUUAAGGCCUUGGUAAAAAAUUAAUUUAUUCAAGAUUAGAUUCCCAACAUUGUCAUGGGUUUCAAACUCACCGAAUCUAAUCUUACUGUAUCGUAAUUGAUGAUCAUCAAUUAAUUCUUGAUUGUAACUUUAGAGAAUUAGAGUUAAUUAUAAAAGUUUGGCAAAAUCUGGAAUUUAAUUGAACCUGAAAUAAUGGGACAGAUGAUGGUAUUUUUAAUUGGAGAUAUUACUCCUUUUCAAAAGAUAUUUGAUAAAUAUUAUAGCAUCAAAUUAUUUUGUGUGGAAAAUAGUAAUUGAAAAUUUAUAAUUUUAGUUCAUAAUAAGCUGAUUGUAGGCACCUGUCAAGGAUCUUUGAUUUUAUACUAAAUAACCGAAAAUUCCAUUUAAGAAUAAGCAAUGAUUUAGGUUCUAACUUCACCAAUAUACAGAAUCCAUCAUUUUAAUUAAGAAAUUUAUCUUGUAACAGAUAGUCAAGUUAAAAUUUUGGAUAAAGAGAAUUUUUAAUUAAUUGGAGGUGGAAGUCUGAAAAAUAGAUUGUAAACAGCGUGGAUUACAUGUUUAAACUUCGAGGAGAAAGACAAGCUAUUAUUUUUAGGUACCAAUAAUGUAAUUGUAGGGACUUCACAGGGUUUCAUACUGGUUUACAAAAGGACCGAAAAGUUAGAGUUUUUAAAUUAAAUAAAUUUUAAUGUGAAUACUUCAAUUAAUUCAAUUCAAUUAAUCGAUAAUUAUCUUUAUCCAUGUACUGAAAAUGGAGUUGCAAUUAUACAAAUGAAAUAUAAAGACAAUAAAUUCUAAUAUCAAGAGAAAACAGCAUUUGUAAGUUAGUUGAAGUUGGUUGGAUUCAAAAAAACAUAGUCAUCAGUUUUUGGAUUCACUUAAUGUGGUUUAAUCGUUUAAUGGAACCCAGAAACCGGCUAAAUGAAUUAAGCUUAUAAAAUAGAUAAAGAGUGUUCAUUUGGAUUGGAGUAAAAUAAUUAAAUAUUUAUUGUGACAAAUGAAUAAAUGAUUCAUAUAGUUAAUUUUUAAUGA